GGGCUUUAAGGCGCUCCUGUGCUCGUGCGUACUGAGCGGACGCGCCUUCCCGCCGUCUACUGCAGCCAUUAAACCCAAGUAAAAGUUAUUCCCUUACAGAAAAAAAAAAAACAAAAAAACAAAAAUCAUCACUGUGUCUUCUCCUGUCUCAGAUUUGCACGGCUAACGUGCAAAGACUCCGCAAAAGCGCCAUGGCGCAAAAUAGGUUCCUUUUAGCGGCUCUUCUCUUCUGCUCGGCGGGGGCAGGACUUCUGGCUCAGGACAUAGCCGCGUUCCGAGAAUGCCCUGUGGACCUGUUCUUCGUGCUGGAUACAUCGGAGAGUGUGGCCCUCCGAGGUGUCGCGCACUACUAUUUCAACAAGAUCAAAGACUUUGCCAGGAAUUUCAUUGAUGAACUGAAGGAAACUCGUCAGCCUUGUGACCGCCACAUCAUUUGGAAUUCUGGAGCUCUGCACUACAGUGACGAGGUCGAGGUGGUGAAAGGCUUGAUGGCAAUGACCCCGGGUGGUCGCCAGGUGCUUAAGGAUGCGAUAAAUAGGAUAAAAUAUAUCGGCAAAGGGACGUACACUGACUGUGCCAUAAAGAAGGGUAUUGCAGAGCUGCUCAUGGGUGGCUCUUACUAUCAUGAGAAUAAGUACAUUGUGGUUGUGACAGACGGUCACCCUGUGAGUGGCUACAAAGAGCCCUGCGGUGGGAUUCAAGAGGCGGCAAACGAGGCCAGGCAGCACGGCAUCAAAGUGUUCUCUGUGGCCAUCUCUCCAGACCAGGAGGAAUCCAGAUUGGCCAUCAUCGCCACAGACAGACAGUACAGGCAAAACUUUACUGCGGUAGACCAGACCAGUUCCCCACAGAUGAACACCAUCCACACUAUCAUCGACAUGAUCACCAAUGAAACAAAAGAUGUGUGUUGCUCCUUUGAAUGCAUUGCACCUAGUGGUAAACCUGGCUUACCUGGUAAACCAGGCCAUAAGGGGGAGCCUGGUAGACAAGGGCUUCCAGGAGAGAAAGGAGAAGCUGGAGAUGCGGGAAGGCCUGGUGAUCCUGGUCCAGUUGGUUAUCAAGGAAUGAAGGGAGACCAAGGAGACAGAGGACUUAAGGGAGAUAGAGGUCACAAAGGCUUCAAGGGUGACAAAGGGCAGCAUGGACGGGAUGGAAUCGAUGGGCGUAAGGGUGAAGCAGGGUUCGACGGUCUACGGGGCUGCAAAGGGUCACCCGGACAGGAUGGUUUCCAAGGAGAACCAGGCCCAAAAGGAGACCCUGGUCCUUACGGACAAAAAGGAGACAAAGGAGAGGCUGGUGAUGAUGGUGGAGCUGGAAGGCCAGGAAACUAUGGGCCUCCUGGAGAUAAGGGUGACAGAGGACCGAGAGGAGCUAAUGGGGAUAAAGGAGAACGAGGAGAUGAUGGACCACAAGGACCAGAUGGCCCACCUGGCGAAAGAGGUACAGAAGGUGAGAAAGGUGAACAAGGUUCCCGAGGGAACAGAGGACCCAGAGGAGAGCCUGGUGAGCCAGGUCCUCGGGGCGAGCCUGGACGUGAGGGAUCGACUGGAGCUAACGGCGAUCCAGGUGAGGCAGGAAAGCUUGGGCCUCCAGGUUACCGUGGCGACGAGGGUCCCCCAGGACAAGAGGGCUCUAAAGGACCCAGAGGAAUCAAAGGCGCCCCGGGAGACAGAGGCCUGAUGGGAGAGAGGGGAGAAGACGGACCACCAGGAAACGGAACAGAGGGUUGCCAUGGUUUCCAGGGUUAUCCUGGUACCAGGGGAGAUCCUGGAAAGCCUGGAACCAAAGGAACACCAGGGCCCAAAGGGGAUGACGGUGAACCCGGUGAUCCCGGCCGAGAUAAUGAUCGAUCAGGAGAGGAUGGGCCAAAAGGAGCAAAAGGACACAGAGGACCUGAAGGUUUACCCGGACCUCCUGGACCUCCUGGCCCUCCUGGAGCUGAUGACUGUGAGAUCCUGGACAUCAUCAUGAGGAUGUGCUCUUGUUGUGAGUGCAAGUGCGGACCCCUGAACAUCACCUUCGUCGUGGACAGCUCUGAGAGUAUCGGCAAAGACAACUUUGUCAUUGCUAAGAAGUUCAUCAUCGCUGUGCUCGACAGACUGAUUAGAGAUCAGCAUGUCAAAUUUGGGCCGGACGAUUCCCACAUUGGUGUGGUGCAGUACAGUGGAGCAAAUGCUCAGGAGGCUGUGAGGCUUGGUGACCCCAACAUCAACACCAUUACAGAGCUCAAGCUUGCUAUUAAAGAGCUGCGUUGGAUGGCUGAAGCCACCUAUACUGGAGAAGCACUCCAGUUUUCAUGGGAUAAUAUGAUCAACCGGCUGGGUGCGAACCACGCAAACAGUUUAGUGCUGGUCCUGACUGAUGGUCGUUCAGACACUAAAAGAGAUAAGGUGGAUCUGGAUGUGUUGUGUGGCAAAGGGCUACAGGUUGUUGGUGUAGGGGUUAGGGACUAUGCAGGCAGACAGCCCAGCAGUGAGCAGGUGGAUGACGUGAGCUGCUCAAAUGACCCAGACAAACCAGGCAUCUCCUUUGUCCUUAACAACUUCGGCAUGCUCCUGGAUGAUACCUUCCUCACUAACUUGACCGAACAAAUGUGUCAAGAAAAGAAAUGCCCCACUUACACCUGUCCAAUUUCCUUUAAGGAAUCCACAGACAUCCUGAUGAUGAUGGAUAGCUCAGCUAGCGUGGGCGCCAAAAACUUUGAGUUGACCAAAAAUUUCACACAGAAGCUGGCGUACCGUUUCCUGACCGCGAAUAAAGAAGGAAAUAUUGCGGUCCGCGUUGGCGUCGGGCAGUACAGCGACACCGCUAAGAUGGAAGCUUCCUUUUCCUCCAAUUACGCUGUAGUGUCUGCUCAGAUCGCAGAGGCUAAGUUCCAGAAUGCUGGCACGCAGGUGACCGAGGUGCUCAGUUUCGCCAUCAACCAAUUCAAGGGACCCCGGACCAAGAAGAAGAAGCUGCUCGUGUUUUCAGAUGGGCGCUCGCAAGGUUUAAGCGUUCAGCAGUUAGAAGCUGCGGUAAGGGAACUCAGUAACCAAGGUAUUGAGCUUUUCAUUGUUGCUGUGGAGAAUCAGCUGAACGAACAAAACCUGCAGAUCUUGGCAAGUCGUGGACGGCGCGAUGACAACAUCUACACCUCGCGCCAUCUAAUUAGAGCUCCUGAUUAUCGCUCCUUGCUUAGGGGAGUCUUUUACCAAACUGUGUCGCGGAAGAUUUCACUGGAUUGAGUAGGAAGGUGAUGUUGUGUCUUCUGAAUAAGCAGAAGCUGAUUGGGCAUUGGGUGGGUAAAAAGUAACAAUUACAACAAAAAAAAAGGGGGUGGGGCAAUAGAGCACACGUAACUUUUUUUUUUUUCAUUGAUUGUGAUCCAUAUUUCAUUUUACACAACAUGUAAGUAUAUAUGUCGUUUACGUGCCUUUGGAAGGUAAAGGGAUUAAAUAAAGAAAAGAACUUCACAGUCAUCAUGUAACAGCAUACGCAUUUCUGAGUUGUUAGGAUCGUUCGUAUAGGCUACAUCAGAUUUUGUUUUCUGAACGACUUUUUUUUUUUUUUUUUUAAUACUACGCUUAAUAUACAUGAUCAGAAAUCCUGGUCACGUCGAUUCAUCUUUAUCUCCUCUUUUGUAUUUCAUAAACUCUCACUUGAAAGUAAAUUUGGUGCUACCAGUGUACACUCAGGCUCACUUAAAUGCAAAAGCAAAUUUUAAAUUUGUCGUAGUGCCUUAAACCAAAGAUUGUUGUUAGCACUGGGAAUGUGUACAAUUUUCUUUGUUAUAAAUGUAUUUCAAAUUAGUCAUGGGGAUGCUGUAGAGGAUUUUCAAUAAAGAAUGCUUCACCCACUAGAACUGUGUCUUUUGCGAAACACUAAUCAAACUCCCACUGAGCAGCGGCGAUCAUCAUAAGAGUUAAACAAAAUGUUGGUUUGGUUCCAAUGUACUGGUAUUAAUAAAAUCUUGUAAUGGAAUAAAAACUUUGAGACCCAGA